CAUUACAGAGAUACCUUCACGAGUUCCUUAUAUUAAAGAUCUGUUAGAUUUUCUUAAGUUAGUUUUGCGUACUGGAAAAGCUUACAAAACACUUGUGGAGGAAAUGAUCAAGACAGUGACACAAGGAACGUUGUUUAAAGCAUCAGAAAACAAGAGUAUUCCGUCCAUAAUCAAGUCUGGGAUGUAUUCUGCCGUGGAAGACAUAUUUUACCUAAGAGAUGUGAAUCUUUGUGUAGUUUCUGUUGAGCUCUUUCGCAGUUUCUGUCAGGAAGUCAUUGGUCUGGUGCCGUCAGCUGCACAUUGUCUUUUGCCCACAGUGACUGCAAUAAGUGAGAAAAUAUCAAACCCCACCACACAGACGUUUGUAUGUGAUAUUUUAAACCUUGCGUUGUCUGGAGGAAGCACUAUGGUUGGUGAUGAAGGAGUCUGGCAAGAACUACCGUUUAUUCCAACUGAUCAUGAGUUAGCUGGCAAUCUAGUUGAAGAAGACAAACAUCUUUCCCCAGUGAAGAAUUCCUACCUCGAUCCAGAGUCUUACAUGGAUACAUACUUCAGGCUGCUUCGUGCCGAGACCUUCUCGGCCAUACAACAUGGAAUCAAAGAGCUCAAAGAUUGUGAACUGGACGAAAGAGAUAUGAACGUGUACCAUAAUAUCCAUUUAGCUGGUUUUGAGAUCCAACAUGGCCGUUUCUCUCUCGCUGUUCACUUCACUCCAGCUAGAGAUGUCAAGAAAUGGGAAGCCUCGCCUCAACUCAUGUUUGGAAAUUUGGUGUGCAUCUCGCUGAACCGAAAGUUUGAUGAUGUCAUAUGGGCCGUGGUGUCCAAUAGAGACACAGAUAUCUUGAACAAACACAAGAUCAUCAUGUUAGAAUUGAUAGACGAAAACACCAAGAAAAUGAGUCAGAUUAUAAGUUCCCUUCAAGCUCAUGCAGGUUCUGGAGUCAUGGUCGAAUCACCGACCUACUACCACUCCAUGAGUCCUAUCCUGCGAAGUUUAAAAGACUUCGAGAUGGAAAACUUUCCUCUUCAACGAGAAAUCAUCUACGCCCGUGAGACGCCAGGUUUGCCGGAUUAUCUGAAGCAGGCUGAAACGGUGAACACAAAAGCGAUCUACAAAGCUCAUGUAAGAAACGGAUUAAGAGAGAUUUACGAUGAUAUAACAAAGGGUGAAAUGAACUUUCGAAAGUUUAUAGAAGUUCUAAAUAUUGAUUCCAGCACUUCGUUGGAAGCAAGUCAAUGUUUAGCUUUGAAACAAGCUCUCAUGAAUAGACUAGCCAUCAUACAAGGUCCACCUGGUUGUGGUAAAACAUACAUCGGAGUCAAAAUCGUUCAGCUGUUGUUAACUCUUUCGCCGAAGCUUAAAAAACCAAUCUUAUUGUUGACCUACAAGAACCAUGCCUUGGACGAGUUCCUGAAACACAUGUUGGAUUUCUGUUCGAUAAACGAUCUGGUGAGGAUUGGCAGUAGGUCCAAAGAGCCACAGUUAGAAACGUGUAAUCUUCAAGCAAUCAUGAGGUCACUGUCGAGGAACCAGAGUUACGGCAAAGCAAUGUACGCAGAAAUCCAAGAGACCAAGGACGAGAUUCGUGGGGUGGAAACACGGAUCAAGGCGCUGUCUUCUCAAGUUGAUUCAAGCAGUCAUUUGAUGAAGAAAAGUUUGAUCGCUGAGCUCAGUGAGGAGCAGUUGCAAUCACUCCUCGUUGAGGCUGGAUGGAGUAAAAGUGGACGCAUGGUGUUCAAGUUGGCUUCUAAAAAGCAUAAAAAGAUCAUCGGUGUGACCAUAACUGGAGCAUCAAUCAAUCAUGAUCUUCUUCAUCACAUCGGUCCCAGUGUUGUGAUUGUCGAGGAAGCCGCCGAAAUCCUGGAACCAAGUCUUCUGGCUGCGCUGACGCCAUCUUUAGAGCAUCUCAUUUUAAUUGGCGACCACAAACAACUAAGACCGCAAGUUGACACCUAUGAUCUGCGCAGAAAUUUCCAGUUUGACAAGUCCAUGAUGGAGAGAUUGAUCGACGCGAAGUUCCCAUACAAAACUCUAACCAAACAAAAUCGAAUGCGUCCUGAAUUUUCUGCCCUUCUUAAAGACAUCUACCCAAGAUUAAAAGACAACCUGUCACUCGUUUUGAAAAACGAGCCUUUGAAAUGUAUCGCAAAGUCAAUGUUCUUCUGGUCUCACCAGGAUCCAGAAAAGAAAGAUCGCACCUUCACAAAUGCCAAGGAAGCAGAACGCAUCGUAGCUUUGGUUUUGUAUCUUCUGUGGAGCGGCUGUCGUCCCUCCGAAAUCACUGUCCUGGCAGCUUAUCUCGGACAAACUAAACUUCUCAGAAACCUGAUGAAAAAAGCUAAAGCGAAACGCCCUACACUGUUCCAAGAAAUUCAGGAAAGUGGUGAAGAGAAAGAAGGAUUCAUUCAAGUUCAAACCAUCGACAUGUUCCAGGGUGAUGAAAAUGAAUAUGUCCUCGUCUCGCUUGUGCGCUCGAACGACAGAAACAACAUUGGAUUUUUGAAGGAAUUGAAUCGGCGAUGUGUUGCGCAGUCCAGAGCAAAGUGCGGUAUGUAUUUCGUUGGAAAUAUGAAUCUACUUAUGAACGCAAAGCUAUCGUGUUGGGGUACCAUGAUCAAUGGAAUGAACCAGCAGGAAUGUACUGGAACUACCUUGCCUCUACAGUGCUCUAAACAUGCCACAUCAAGAUGUGAUGUGCUGGAUGCAGACCAGGCGGAAAGGGUCAUCGAUAACCCAAAACUCUUGUGUCGGGAAAAGUGUGAUGAUCUAUACCCCUGUCAUAUUCACAGAUGCAAAAGACCAUGUCUACCACGACAUAACCACGGAAAGUGCGUAGAAAUUGUGCUUGAUAUAUUCCCAAAAUGCCGCCAUCUUGUUAGACGUAAAUGCCAAGAUGAUAUUUCCGAAUUGCUUUGCAAGAAAGAAGUGGGAACUAUCCUGGAGAAUUGUGGUCACGAAGUGAUGAAGGAAUGCCACCAGAGAAACUCUGACAUUCUUUGUGAUGAGCUGGUUACUGCUAUAUUUCCUAAAUGUGGCCAUGAAACAGAAAAGAAAUGCUACGUGAACAUCGAAGAGAUGUCCUGCGAACGUCCGUGCGAGGAAUAUAACUCAUGUGGUAUACAUCGAUGCGUCGACGAGUGUGGCAAACCGCACAGCCAUGACAGUUGCCCAAAGAUGAUCGAUUUUAGAUUUCCGGGCUGCAACCACCCUUCGCCCACAAAGAAGAAGUGUUCAAAACCAAUUGUUGGGCAGUGCAACACAACAGUUCACACAACUGGGUUAUGUGGACAUCCAUUAAAGAAGCUGUGCUAUCAGCAAGAAUACCCACCAUGUACCCAUCAGUGCGAGAUGAAGAAUUCGUGUGGCAUACAUCGAUGUGAUAACAAGUGUGGGAAGAUUCAUGACCACGACAAGUGUCAGAAGUUGAUCGACUACAAAUUCCCAGGCUGCGAUCAUCCUUCACCAAAGAAGAAAAGGUGUUCCGAACCGAUCUCCUGGAAUUGCACGUCUUUGGUGUACUUUAACGGAUCUUGUGGGCAUCUUCUCCAAAAACAAUGUUAUCAAAAAAACGCGGACGUAAAAUGUACGAUUCCCUGUGGAAAAACAAGGAAAUGUGGCCAUCCUUGCACAAAUGUAUGCAGAGACGACUGUGAAAAAGGUGAUUGCAAACAUUGUCUUGAUUUGUAUACAGAAAAAAUGAAGAAAUUCCAUGAAGAUGCCAAGAAAAGAGUAAAAGAUCUCGAAGAUAAGAUCAAGAAGAAUCCCUCAACGAUAUUUUCAAUCGAUGAGAUUUCCUCCACUGGUCCCGACUCGGCAGAAUAUCAGAAAGUUAACGACAAGGUUGUGAAAUUUGUACAGCCAAUGCACAACUGGUUUCCUAAAGUCACCAAGAUCGAGAAAGUUACCAAUUAUGAGCUGGAAAAAAAAUUCGAAAUAGCCAAGUCUAAAGCGUUUGGUGAUCAUAUCGACGAAAAUUUCCAUGGUACUGAUGAUAAUGGCGUAAGGGGUAUAACGAAAGAUGGAUUCAGAAUGCCAGAUCCUAAUCCACCAACCAACAAACGCGGUAUGUAUGGUCAAGGAAUAUACUUUGCGACGGACUCUUCUAAAAGCGCUCAAAAGAUUUACACCAAAGGUUCUCAGAAACUUCUUCUUUGUCAAGUGAUACUUGGGAAAUCUAAGGAAGUUCAUCAGGCUGACUAUACGUUGAACAAGCAGAGAUUAAGAUCGGAAAGAUGCGAUUCUGUGUAUGCCCCGCGAGGAUCAGCUGUGAAAAACGACGAGUUUGUCAUCUUUGAUCCAGACCAAGCCCUACCUCAGUACAUUAUCCAUUUCUCCACGACGGGUAAGUCAGUACCACCGUCACCAACACCGCUGACCACUCAACCAUUUCUCAGGAAGAAAAUGCAGCCAUCAAGGGCUGUGAAUUUCACGGAUCCGUUUCAAAUCUAUUACAACAUCGCCGAGUCCCACUUCAGAAGAAUGGCUGCAAUGGCGAACCUCCAAUCAACGAUAUCCUCCAUCGAUAUCGUCAUCAACAAAGAUCUUGAAAGGAAAUUCGAAGCUAAAAAAAGCACAUUCAAACUGAUGGGCAUUCCCGAUGACGAAAUUCUUGCUUACCAUGGAACUGAUAAAGCUAACAUAGAUAGCAUUCUGAAAACCAACCUGCAAUUGAGCUUUGCUCGGAGACAAGCCCAUGGCAGAGGAAACUAUUUCUCAGAAUUUCCCAAUGUCAGUCUAGGUUAUGGCGAUGGCCUGAUACUGUGUCGUGUUCUACCCGGUAAAGAAUUUGUGGAUUCUGGAAGAUGCAAUAUCCCUCCCGGCUACAAUUCCAAGAAAGUAAUGCCAACAAACCAGCCCGGAGCCCCCCCUGCUAACGCAAGCGGAGCGAUGAUUAUUAUUGAAUGUUCCGACCAGAUUUUGCCUUUCUUUGUUAUCCAUCGUUGAAAUUCCAGCACAAUUGCGCUAGGAAUCACUAAAUCUUAGAUGAACAAAAAUAACCGAACUGAUUCCUCUAAAUAUGGCUAGUUUAUCAAGUAUUUGUCUAUAAUUACAUAUUAUAUCAAUAUCAGAUGAUGAUAUAUUCAGCGUUCUCACUUCUAAGGAAAUUUCCUUAGAAAAGUUUGACUCUAUAUCGAGGAGAGGGAGGAAUAUUUAAUAUAUUCUUUUCAUAAGCUCUUUGUCUCAACUUAUUCAAAGCAUCCUUUCCCACAGUAAAAAGUAUGCAUAUCUAAAUCGUGAGAACACAGGAUAUAUUAAUAUAAUUCAUUAAUGUUAAAUAUAUUACUCAAGGGCCAGUUAUCCGAAAAGCGUUUAGCCUAAGAU